ACCUCCUUUCCCCCACCUUACCCAGCUUUGCGCCGGCUUGAUUCCGCGACUCCGCCCCACCCCAUGUCGGCUUCCUAGGGUUUAAGAGCUCGCCGAGGCCGCCGUGCGCCCGGCCCAUCCGGAGCCCACGAAUCCCCUCGCGCUCACUUCCCGUACCUGGACCUCCGCGCCGCCGUCGCCGGAGGCGACCCCUCCAUCGCCGCACGCGGCAAUGUCGUUCUCCUUCGCCUCGCCGGCGGCGCCGAAUCCGUUCCAGACGCCGGCCCCGGCGGCGCCGAAUCCUUUCCAGACGCCCGCCCCGGCGCAGACGCCGUCGUUAUCGCCCUCGCCGUUCCAGUUCAACUUCCAGCAGCAGCCGCAGCAGCAGCCACAGCAGCAGGUGGCGCCGGCGGCACAACCGCAGCAGCCGCAACCCCAGCAGCAGCAGCAGCUGAUGCUGUAUACGAAGGAGGGGAAGCGCGCGGGGUAUAACACCAACUGGGAGGAGCUGCACGACGAAUCGCAGAAGGCGCUGCUCCAGAUCGAGGAUAAGAUACGGGAGUACAGAGAUGAGAGUGAGAGGUUGGAUCAGUGCAGUCGCCUUUAUGACUCCUCGAUCUCGAAUGUCAAUUUUGAGCUUGAUGCGAGUCGCAUUGCUCAGGAGCUUGGAGGGACCACCACUGUGAUGGAGAGAGAGAAGGCUUCCAUUCAAGAGUUAAUGACUGUUGUCAAUGAAAUGAUGUGGAACACGGAAUUUGCUAUUCGUUCAUAUAUGAUGUUGAGGCCAAGAUUCAGCCGUCCCGGUGCUGGAGCUGCAAAUGGUGGUUCUUUGAAUCCUGCUGGAGCUCCAUCCAACCAGUCAGUGACAAUGGCACCGACAAUUGACUUCUACAGUGGGGUUCCAAAGCGCCCUUCCCUAUUUAUGCAGAAAACUGUCAAUAGGUUUGAGUGUUAUCUCGUGGAGUGCUGCAAGUGGAUUGGUGAGCUAGAGCAGCUUGUUCAAAUGGAGAAUAAUAAAAGAUCGUCAGAUUCUUUGGAAUCUCUUCCAAAAGUUAUGUCAAAUGUGCAUGACUACUUCAUCUUUGUUGCUUCGAAGGUGGAAAAUCUUCAUCAGUAUGUUGAAUCAAUGAAAACUAAGUAUCUUAAUGAGCAACGCCGUAUGGGUAUUGGGAAUGAUCCAUUUCUAGAGGCAAACAGAAGAGAAGCAGCUAAACAAGAAGCAGCUGCCAGAAGGGUCCAUCCAACUUUGCAUUUGCCUGCUCUUGCACAGCCCACAACACAAGUUGCUGCACCCGCAACAAGCCAACCACAGCAGUCUUCUUUCCCUUCUGGCACGACUUCGUCAAGUGCUUUUUCAGCUUUUGGCACCCCAGCUUCCGCUCCAUCCUCUUCGGGCCUCUUUUCAACUCCAACAACUCCAGCUCCAUUAGGCAACCUUUUUGGUACAGCUGGAUCGGCUCAGUUGACCACACCAUUUGGGACAGCCUCCACUCCAACACUUGGAUUAACACCAGCUCCAUCUGGAUUUGGGACUAGCAAUACAUCUUUUGCUUCAACGUCUACGUUGGGUGGAACAUCACUAUUUUCUACACCAUUUGGAGGUGGAGCUACAGCUUCAGGUUCCAGCUUCGGUGGUGCAUCGAAAGGGAGGUCGAAGCCCCGGGGGCGACGCUAGAUGUAACCAAAUCAUUGUAGCAUGCGGGUCCUCUUGUUUCUCCUUUUGACCCCAUUCCUUCUUCCUCUUUCUUAUGCAAAACUUGUAAUUAAUUUCCCAACAAUUCUAGUGAAGUAGUUAUCUUGUUGCAUGCUCGCUAUCAGAUUGAUUUUAUCGGAUACUACUAGUUAUAAUUUUUAAUGCAUGUGACCCUUUACAAU